UCCGCUCGCCUCGGUUUGACGCCAGAAAUUCAAGAUGGCGUUCGUUGCUGCAUUUUCGACGUAGUUGCACGUGUAAAAUUAUAGUUUUAACCGCUACGUUGCAGCGUGUUUUGAAGUUUGGAAGUUUGUGACAUAUGUUUAUAUAUCCUUACAAACUUUAUCCUUUAUACAUUUGAAUCUAACUUAUACUGUACUAUGAAAUUCAAACGGACUAAGAAAAGUGGAUCUGGGGCAUUUGGCAGGCCUAAGAACAAAUAUAUCGAAGGUAAAAAACCCAUUGAUGGGUUAAAAAAGCGUAAGAAUUUUAAAAAGAGUUUGAAGAGUAAAUCUAAUGCCAGUGACAAAAUUGUAAAGGAGGAUAAGGAUAUAAAGGUUCCCGCGUUUAAAAUAAAUAGAGGAAAAAGGGAUACUGGCAAUAAAAAGCUCAAGCUUAAUGGACGUGAAGAGAAGGAGUUAUUUGACUCGAAUAAAAAACGAAAGUCAGAAGAUGACGGUGGUCCAAACAAAAAAAAGUUACGAGCUAAGAAAGGGGAUGAAAUUCCAACAAGAUUGGACAGAAAAGAGCUUAAAGUUGCUAGGAGAAAACGAAAACACAAUUAUGAAUUGACUAUGUCAUUAAUGAAGAAAUAUGAUGGAUUGAGAAGGAAGGACAUUUCAUCUGACAAAAAGAAGAUAAUGGUUGAUGAAGUUCUUGGCAUUAUUGCUGGUCAUGGUCAUGAGGUUGUUUUCAAACAUGAUACUGUCCGAGUGAUAGAAAUAUGCAUCAAGUAUGGUAGUGCAGAGCAGAGAGCAAAACUGUUUGAUCAGUUCAAAGACAACAUUGCAGAAUUAGCACUAAAGAAAUAUUCCAAAUUCUUUAUUAAGAAAAUGAUGAAGUAUGGAACAAAGGAACAGAGAAGCCAUGUUAUUUCAUCUUUUAAUCGCAAAGUUAAGAAAUGUAUCCGACAUAAGGAAGCAGGAGAUAUAAUUGAAAAUAUCUAUCAUGAUUUUGCUAAUUCCAAUCAAAGAAAAUAUCUCAUGCAAGAAUUUUAUGGAGCAGAAUAUUCAAUGACAAAGAUUGAUGAUGCUCGUUCACUGGAAGAAAUUAUAUCAUGUGAUCCACACAAGAAACCAUAUAUCCUUAGGAACCUUAAGGAAACACUUGUAUCUCUAAUACAAAAAUCACUUGUGUCACAUACAAUUGUACAUAAGGCAUUACUAGAUUUCUUCACUAAUGCUGAUGAAAAGAUGCGAACGGAGAUGAUUGAAGCUGUACGUGAACAGUUGGUGAUGAUUCUUCAUACGAGUGAAGGGGCAAAAGUGACCAUGUCGUGUUUAUGGCAUGGGACUCCAAAAGACCGUAAAGUUAUUGUAAAGAGUUUAAAGGGUUAUGUUACAAAAAUCUGCAAGGAGGAAUAUGGUCAUCUUGUUUUACUUGCCUUGUUCGAUUGUGUUGAUGAUACUGUUCUUGUGCAAAAAGUUAUAAUCGCGGAAAUGGUGACAUGUUUGAAUGAUAUAUCUGAGAACCAUCAUGGUAGAAAGGUUCUUCUUUAUCUUCUCGCUCCACGUUCACCCUCAUAUUUCGCCCCGAAGAUAAUUGAACAAUUAGCACAGGGUGAUGGUAAUAAAAGCAGCAAGAAGGAGAACUCGGUGCGAAGAGGUGAACUUUUGUCAGCAAUUUCACCUUCGUUGAUCAAAUUUUCAGCAGAAAAUGCCAAGACAUUGCUCUUUGACAAAGCAUUAAGUCAACUUUUUGUCGCCAUUGUACAUAAUGUUGAAGGUGAUGUGGAAGUUGUAAUGCAAAGUGUUGUAAAAUUAGCAACUAAAGUUUUAGAUAUUGCUAGCGACGACGAGGAGAACCAUGUUUUUAAAAGUGCAAGCGGUCAUUUCGCAAUCAAGCAGCUUAUACAAUUAGACAAAAAACGCAGCGAGAAAGGAUCAGAGUUUCUUUUUUCACCAUUGUUGAUGUCUCGAAUGGAUCCAGAAAGCUUAUUUAACACAUGCCACAUCAAUAGAGGAGCAUUUGUAGUCGUAAGCCUGCUUGAGUGUUCAGUCUCUGAAGUACGUGAAGAAGUGAAAGAAUCUCUGAAACCAUAUCAUAAAAAACUAAAGGCGAUAGACAAUAAAGGAGUUCCAAUUGUAAUCAAGCUAUUAAACAAAUAAUGCUUGCUCCCCGCUGUGAUUGUACGGACGGUGACUUAGGCCACUGUGAAUAAGCUGAAGAUGCGGGUAAGCAAGACUUGUAAAAUUUGUAAUUUUCCUAUAUAUACACUUUGUGAAACAAAAAUGUAUUGCAUUGUUAGAAUAGCUGCAAAUCAUGGUUCCAUAACAAAAUCUUAAAUAUUCCUUGUCACAUGCAUCAUUGAAUGCAUAUCAGAUGCUUGAAGUGUAAGACAUUAUAGUCCUUGAAGAAGGAACCUACCAAGGUUUGCUUGUACAACCAAAUCAAAAGGAGGUUCCAGUGCCACAGGUGUAACCGCAAAGGUUCCAAUAACCUUUAUGGUGAUACACAAGAUACACUCAUCACCGCGCAUAGCCGCGUUUACACAACGUGCUUUGACCUGGCCUGGACCAGGCCUAGGCCUAGAUGUGAACGUUGUUUAUCCGGCGUAGACCAGGUCUGGACCUCGUCUAGGCCACAAAAUCCAGGUCA